UCGACGUGUACGGUUCAGGUUAGCAGGCUGUCCGAAUGUUUAAUUUAAAACGGAGAAACAGAAAUCACUGUUGAAGUGAUUUACAACUACGGCUGAUCGUUUAUUUGAUGUGCAGGCGAGGUGAGGAGAGAAUAUAUAAUAAAAGUGCAAAGCAUCUCAUAACAUCAUCGAGAGAAAAAUAUUUCCUCAACAAGCCGAUAAAAUUUUAAGCGUGUUUCGUUCCAUUAUUUUACCCAAAAAAUUACUGCCGUCGUUAAUUUACGCAAGGUGCACCAAAUUGUUGGCGAAGAAAGUGUUGUGUGCUUCCGUUUGAAACAGUGCAAUCACCCUGUAGUGAAGUGUCCUUUUUCCACAACUCGCUUUGGCUUUGGCGACAACACCGGAGCAGGAACACGGAGCCUAAAGUGAAAGCUAGUCGAACUGUGAGUUCAAUUUAUAUUUCGUUCAAAACGGUGGAACACGUAAGCCGCAACUCUGGAGUACGUGUACGGAGACGAUUUCAAAGGUUCCAAUUAUGAACCGGGCGGCUAUGCGUUCCAGGUACAGCAGCGCUCCAACAUGACGCAACGGGAAGGCAUACACAAGUUCGAGAAUGAGCGCAUCAAGACGCUGCAGGAGGAGCGUCUGCACAUCCAGAAGAAGACGUUCACAAAAUGGAUGAACUCGUUCCUGGUGAAGGCGAAGAUGGAGGUCGACGACCUGUUCAUCGACCUGGCGGACGGUAUAAAGCUGCUGAAGCUGCUGGAAAUCAUUUCCGGCGAGAAGCUGGGCAAGCCGAACAGUGGCCGCAUGCGUGUACAUAAGAUAGAGAACGUGAACAAAAGUUUGGCGUUCCUGCACACGAAGGUUCGUUUGGAAUCGAUCGGUGCGGAAGAUAUCGUCGACCAUAAUCCGCGCCUCAUUCUCGGCCUGAUCUGGACCAUCAUCCUUCGCUUCCAGAUUCAGGAAAUCGAAAUCGAUGUGGACGAAGAAAAUGAGUCGUCGGAGAAGAAGUCCGCCAAAGACGCGCUGCUGCUGUGGUGCCAGCGCAAAACGCACGGAUACCAGCAUGUACACAUUACCGAUUUUACCAACUCGUGGCGCUCGGGUCUCGGUUUCAAUGCGCUUAUCCACUCGCACCGGCCGGACCUGUUCGACUACAGCACCCUCAUGCCGGGUCGGAACAUCGAAAACCUUAACCACGCGUUCGAGGUGGCCGAACGGGAGCUCGGCAUACCGCAGCUGCUGGACGCGGAGGACAUCGACACGGCCCGACCGGACGAGAAGUCGAUCCUGACGUACGUGGCCUCGUACUAUCACACGUUCGCGCGCAUGAAGAGCGAACAGAAGGGCGGCAAGCGGAUCGCCAACAUCGUCAACAAGCUGAUGGAUGCGGACAAGAAGAAGAUGCAGUUUGAGCAUCUGAUCACCAACCUGCUCAGCUGGAUCCGGGCGAAGACGGUCGAGCUGGAGAAGCGCAACUUUCCGAACUCGGUCGAGGGCAUUCAGGGCGAGCUGCUGGCCUUUAAAGAGUACCGCACGGUCGAGAAGCCGCCGAAGUACAAGGAGCGCAGUGAAAUCGAGGCACUGUACUUCCACGUCAACACGCUGCUGAAGUCGCUCAACCAGCCACACUACACGCCGCAGGAUGGCAAGAUGAUCAACGACAUCGAGAAGGCGUGGCAGCGGCUCGAAAACGCCGAGCACAAUCGCGAGGUCGCACUGCGCGAGGAGCUGCUGCGGCAGGAGAAGCUGGAGCAGCUGAACUUUAAGUUCGAAAAGAAGUCGGUUCUACGCGAGGGUUACCUGAACGAGAUGAUCCAGGUGCUGACGGAUCCGCGGUACGGGCCGGCGUUGCGCCAGGUCGAUGCGACGGUGAAGAAGCACGAGGCGAUCUCGGCCGACAUUCUGGCGCGGGCGGAUCGUUUCAACGAUCUCACCGACAUGUGCAACGAGCUGCACGAGGAGAACUACCACGGCAAGGAGCGGGUGAAGAAGCGCGAGCUGGAGGUCAUCACAAAGUGGCGCGAGCUGCUCGAGCUGCUGGAGAACCACAAGCAGAAGCUGACGCAGAUGAGCUCACUGAUGAACUUGCUGCGCGAGAUCGACGCCACGAUGACUACGAUCCGUGCGUUGCAGGCUCAGUUCGCCUCGGAGGACGUGGGCCCGCAUCUGCUCGGUGUGGAGGAGCUGCUGCAGGCACACUCGUUGCUCGAGCUGCAGGUCACGACGCUCGGGGAGACGCAACGGCGGUACGUGCGCCAGGGCGAGGCAUUCAAACGGGGCGACUACAAAGACACCAGUCUGCUGGAUGCGAAACUCGCGGAACUGGCCCAGCUGUACCAGGAGCUGCAAGCGAUGAGCGCGGCCCGGCGAGGCCGUCUCGAUGAGGCGCGCGAUUUCUACCAGUUUGUCGAAGAUCACGAGAACGAGGAGGGUUGGCUCGUGGACAAGCAGCGCAUCUGUAAGGCGGGAAUUACGGCAAAGGACCUACGGGCGGUGAUGUCGCUCCAGCAGAAGCACAAGGCACUCGAGGAUGAGAUGAAGGUGCGUAAGCCAAAGUCCAACCAGAUCACCGAGGCGGGCCGAAAGCUGAUCGGCGACAAGCAUUCUCGCACGCCGGAAGUGCAGGGUAAGAUCGAGUCCCUGCAGGAACACUGGAAAGCGUUGGAGGAUCUGGUGGACUUGCGCAAACGGCAGCUAGAGGAUGCGGCCGAAGCGUAUCAGUUCUAUGCCGAUGCAAACGAGGCGGACUCGUGGCUGAACGAGAAGAUGGCUCUGGUGGCGUCGGAUGACUUCGGCGUGGACGAACCGUCGGCUCAGGCACUCCUGCAGCGUCAUCGUGAUCUGCAGGGCGAGCUGAACGCCUACUCGGGUGACAUUUUGAACCUGAAUCAGCAGGCCGAGAAGCUCAUCAAAGCCGGUAUCUGCACGCUGGACCUAUCGGCCGAACCGGAACCGGUACAGGAGGUGGAACAGGAGGAAUGGGUCAACGAGACGCGCCUGGUGCCGAAGGAGGUUUGGGAGGAUGAGCCCGUCGAGCGAUUGGAACAUCGUACGGUGACCGAAAACAAGCUGUUACCGCACGUUCAAGCGCUGUAUCGAUUCGAGGGCCAGAACAUGAAAGUGUCCAAGGGUGACGUAAUGAUCCUGCAGAACAAGAACAAUGCCGACUGGUGGAACGUGCGCAAGCUGGAUGGCACUGAAGGCUUUGUGCCGGCGAACUACGUGAAGGAGAUCGAUCCGCGACCGGUGCCAUGUUUGGUGCGCAAGGCCGAGAAGGUGAAGGUGAUGCAGAAGGUCAAAAAGACAAUCCUGGUGAAGGAGGUGAUACAGGUGAAGCGUGUCCGACCGGCGAAGGUGAGCCAGGUGAAACCGCUGGUGAAGCGUCGCACGAAGGGUGACGACGGCACCGGUGUCAUCGACAGCAACGAUAGCGUCGAUAAGCGACAGAAGCACAUCAACGGAACGUACGAUCAGUUGCAAGACCUCGCUGAACGCCGCCGAGCCCUGCUGGAGGACUCGAUCUGCCUGUUUCGGUUCUACCGGGAGUGCGAUGACUUCGAGAAGUGGAUCAAGGACAAGGAGAAGAUGCUGCGCACGGAAGACCCGAAGGGAAGCGUGGAGGCAGCGAAGCGGCAGUUCGAGACGUUCGUCAACGAUCUAUCGGCAUCGUCGAAGCGUGUCGAGGCGAUCGAUUCGGACGUCGAGGACUUUGUGCGCCAGGGCCACUCGCAGCUGGACAAGGUAAAAGCACGCCAGCGCCAGAUCCAUCAGAUGUGGGAACACCUGAACUACCUGAAGGGCCAAAAGGAGAAGAGCCUUGAGGGUGCCUCGAGCGUGGAGCUGUUCUACCGGACGUGCGAGGAGGCGAUCGAUUGGAUGAACGAAAAGAUGACCCAACUCGACACGGCCGAGGUGGGUCCGGAUCUAAAAACCGUCCAGGCACUGCAGCGUCGACACGAGAACCUCGAGCGUGAGCUUGCGCCGGUCAAGGAGAAGGUCAGCCGGGUGAACUUGCUUGGCAACACGGUGAAGAACUCGUACCCCUCCGAGCGGGAGAACGUAAGCGUUAAGCAGCGCGACAUCCAGGACCUGUGGCAGAAGGUGCAGGAGAAGGCGAAGGAGCGCCGCUCGCGACUGGAGAAUGCCGUCGGGCAGCAGAUCUUCAACAACAGCACCAAGGCGCUGCUGAACUGGAUUGCGGAGUGCAACAAUCAGCUGAACGCCGAAGAAACGGCUCGCGACGUUGAGACGGCCGGAAAAUUGCUUAAGAAACACAAGGACCUUGGCGAGGAUAUCAAUGCGCACGAUGAUGAGUUCGUGCAGCUGGCGAAACUUGGCCAGCAGAUCCUCGAGCGCAAUCCGGCCCUAUCGGAAGACGCGGAGAUUGCCAACAAAAUUGCCAAACUGGAGGCCGAACGGCAGCGGCUGCACGGUGCUUGGUUGGCCAAGGAGAAGAAGCUGCAGCAGUGCAUCGAGCUGCAGAUGUUCAACCGGGAGGCGGACAAAAUCGACGCAACCACCAAGAGCCACGAAGCGUACCUGGAGUACACCGAUCUGGGCAACUCGCUGGACGACGUGGAGGCCAUCAUGAAGCGUCACAUCGACUUCGAGAACUCGCUCGGUGCGCAGGAUAAAAUCCUAAAGAAUUUCUCCGAGGGUGCCGACAAGCUGAUCCGCAACAACCACUACGACGCAACGUACAUCGAUGAACGCAGGGGGCAGGUGUUGGCACGUCGGGAGCGUGUGAAGGAGUUGGCACAAGCGCGCCGUAACGCGCUGCAGGCCUCGAAGGACUUCCAGAAGUUCUCGGCCGAUGUGGACGACUUGAACACUUGGCUUGCGGAUAAGACCAAAAUCGCGAGCGAUGAGAGCUACAAGGACCUGUCGAAUUUGCCACGCAAACUGCAGAAGCACAAGGCGUUUGAGCGCGAGCUGCGUUCAAAUGAAGGGCAGCUACGCAUCGUCAACAAAGAGGGCGAGUCGUUGAUCAAGACGAACAACCGAGCGAACGAAGUGUCCGAGAUGCUCGCUAGCGUCAACCGGAAGUGGAAGGAUCUGGUCGCGACCUCGCUGGAGAAGGGUCGCCGGCUGGAGCAGGCGGCCUUGCAGCGCGAGCACAACCGGUACAUCGAGGACUCGAAGAGCAAGUUCGAUGAGCUGGAUCACGCCCUGCAGAGCAAGCAGGUCGGAAACGAUCUGCGUAGCUGCAAGGAGCUGAUGAACAGGCACCAGGUGCUCGAAAACGAUAUAGCCCUGUGGGAGCAGAAGGUGGCCGAACUGGUCACCACCGGCGAGGAGAUGGCACACGAGGGCCAUUUCGAUGCAAACAACAUCCAGAACGAGACCAAGAAAUUGCAGACGCAGUUCGCGGGCCUAAAGGAACCGGCACGCCAUCGUCGGGAAGCGCUGGACGAGAGCCUACGGUUCCACAAGUUCGUGUUCGAGCUCGAUACCGAACUACAGUGGAUCAACGAGCAUCUGCCGGCGGCCCGGUCGGAGGUAAUCGGUCAGAACCUACACCAGGCGCAGAGUCUCUCCAAGAAGCACAAAAAGCUAGAGGCCGAAAUCGAGGGUCAUCAGCCGAUGAUCAACAAGGCGCUUACGUCGGCCGAAAACCUGAUCAACCAGAAUCACCCGGAGAAGGCGAAGGUGAAGGAACUGUGCAAUGCGCUCGAGCGUGCCUGGGUGGAUCUGCAGGAGCAAUCGGCCGAGCGAUCGCGCAAAUUGGAACUUUCGCUCAAAGCACAGCAGUACCUGUCGGAGGCGGGCGAAAUCGAGACGUGGCUCGGUGAGCGCAACAAUGUGCUCCGUUCGUCGGACUACGGUCGCGACCGUGACUCGGCAACGAAGCUGCUAACCAAGCAUAAGGUGAUCGAGCUGGAACUGGACACCUACUCCGGUAUCGUGUCCGAGAUGGGCCACACGGCGACGGCUAUGAUCGCUGCGAAGCACCCGGACAGCAAGGUGAUCGCGACCAAGCAGCAGCUGAUCGAGAAGAUGCUGAAAUCACUGCAGAAGCUUGCCGGCCAGCGCCAGCUGCGGCUGAUGGAGAGCCUAUACCGUCACGAGUACUUUGUCGAGUCGGCCGAGCUGGAGCAGUGGAUCAAGGAGCAGGAACAGGCGGUCAACUCAGAGGACUACGGUCAUGACUACGAGCAUUUGCUUAUUCUGCAAAACAAAUUCGAUGACCUGAAGCACCGCAUUGAGGUUGGAGCGGAGCGCUACAAUCAGUGUGAGAAUUUCGCCAAAAAACUGAUCGGCGGAGACAGUCCGUAUGUGUCGGAAAUUGAAAAACGGCAAGAACUAUUGAGCAAUGCCUGGCAACAACUGCUCGAGCAGUUGGAUGCACGUGAAAAGAAACUUCACGCUGCUGGCGAAAUUCAUCGGUUUCAUCGAGAUGCGGCAGAGGCACUGUUCCGCAUUCAGGACAAAAACGCUGCUCUGUCGAGUGAGCUUGGCAAGGAUCUAAACUCGGCCCUGGCACUGGCUCGCAAGCACGAGGCGUUCGAGAAUGAGCUCGUACCGCUGGAGGCGCAGCUGCAGGUACUGGUCGAUGAUUCAUUGCGCCUGCAGACGAAAUACCCUGGAGACAACGCCAAGGCCAUCGCCGCCGAGCAGGAGAAUGUGAUUCAGUGCUGGAACGUGCUGAAGGAAAAGUCCGCCCUGCGCAACGAUCAGCUGCAUGCGAGCUGCGAUUUGCAGCACUUCCUGACGCAGGUGCGCGAUCUUAUGUCGUGGGCCACCAACCUGCGCGCGGCCCUGCAGGCCGAGGAGCACGUUAGUGAUGCGGCGGGUGCGACGGCCCUGAAGAUCCAGCACGACGCGAUCUACGGUGAGAUCGAAGCGCGCGAGCAGACGUUCCGCGAGCUGAACGAACUGAGUGACUCGAUGGUGCAGACGGGACAUUACGCGGCAACCGAGGUGGAGGAGAAGUGUUCCGCACUGCUGGACGAACGGGCGAAGCUGCACGCGGCGUACAACAAGAAGAAGAUCCUGCUGGAGCAGAAGAUUGAUCUGUUCUGUUUCAUGCGCGACGCGAAGGUGAUUGACAACAUUUCCAGCGGCCAGGAAGCCACCCUGUCUAGCUCCGACUUUGGCCAGACGGUGGAGGUGGUGCAGGAUCAGGUCAAGCGUCACGAGGCGUUCGAGAAGCUGAUCCAAACGCAGGACGAGAAGGUUGCGAUCCUGCAAGAGCACGGUCGCAAGCUGGUGGAACAGAAUCACUACGAUAGCGAGAACAUCCGUCGGCGGCUGCGCGAAAUUGUCGAGCGGCGCCAGAAGGUGAAAGAUCUGUGUGCCCUACGCCGCCAGAAACUGGCCAAUGCGCUGCUGUACGCCCAGUUCAUCCGUGAUUGCGCCGAGGCAGGCGCCUGGAUCAACGAGAAGCAGAAGAAGCUGGAAGCGGAUGCCCACAGCUACGCCGGCGUGAGCAACAUGGAGGACAAGGUGAAGAAGCUAAAGAAACUGCAGGCCUUCGAUGCGGAAGUGAACGCCAACGAGGGUCGCAUUCGAGAGGUGCGCGACAAGGGCGAACGGUUGGUCGGCAAGAAGCACGAAUGUGCCGGUGAGAUCCAGGACGAGCUGGUCAAGUUGAUGCAGUCGUGGAACGUACUGCUGAACGAGCUGGCGUCGCGCAGUCGCGGCCUAAAGGAGGCUCAGGACGCGCUCGAGUUCAACACGCAGCUCGACAAGCUGGAAGCGUGGAUCCGGGACAAGGAGAUGAUGAUACACGCCGGCGACACGGGACGCGACCUGGAGCACUGCAAUGCCCUGCGCCGGAAGCUGGACGACGUGGACAGCGAUAUGCGGGUGGACGAUCAGCGCAUCAAGAACAUCAACCAGCUGGCGGACAAGCUGGUGAACCAGGACAAGGUCGAGGGCAAGAAUGUGCAGCAGCGGCGGGAAAACUUCAACAACAAGUGGAAAUCGCUGCAGGGUGCGUUGAGCCGCUAUCGCGAUCUGCUGGCCGGUGCGUACGAGAUUCACGUGUUCAACCGGGACGUGGACGAUACGGCCGAGCGGAUUGCGGAGAAAAUGCUCGCCAUGAGCGUGGAAGACACCGGUCGCGAUCUAACGGCCGUGGAAGCUCUGACGCGCAAACAGGAAGCCAUCGAACGCGAUAUGACGGCGGUGGAGCAGAAAAUUCGCGAGCACGAAACCAGCGCCGCCGCCCUGGCUGACAAGUAUCCGGACAAUGCGAUCAACAUCGUGGAGAAGCUGGAUGAGCUGAAGCGCCAGUGGGAGGAGCUGCAGAACGCGAGCGUGAAGCGUACGGAGGUGCUGAAGCAAGGCUACACGGCGCACAAGUUUACCGCCAACGUUAGGGAGCUGGAGCUGUGGGCGAACGACAUGAUCAAGAAGAUGGAUUCGGCCGCCAGCCCGGCCACGAUCGGGGACUGCAAGGCGCAGAUUCAGCUGCACCACGAACGGAAGGCUGAGAUCGACGGUCGCGAUCGUAUUUUCCACGAUCUGAAGGAGAACGGCGAGCGCUUGGUUGCGGAGAACCGAGAGCGUGGCAUCCGAAACGAUCACGUCGAAAAGGCGCUACGCAAUUUGGAGGACCUGAACAAGCACCUGCACGACUCGUGGAAGGGUCGCAACCGGGGACUGAAGGAGGCGCACCAGCUGCAGCUUUUCAAGGAGCAGGCCGACCAGAUCGUCGAGUGGCUGACGAACAAGGAGGCAUUCUUGAACAACGACGAUCUGGGUGAAUCGUUUACCGCCGUGGAGGCGUUGAUCAAGAAGCACGAAGCGUUCGAGAAGCUACUCCACUCGAAUCGUAUCGGUGAGUUGGAACAGUUCGCGGAGGAGAUCCUCUCGGAGAGUCCGUUCGAGGCGGACGUUAUCAAGCAGCGAUUGUACGCGGUGACGGCACGCAAGGAGAAGCUUCUUGCCUCGGCGGCCACACGCAAGCAGAAGCUACAGGAAAGCCUCCAGCUGCAGCAGUUCCUGCGCGCACUGUAUGAGGUCGAGAAGUGGAUCAACCAGAAGAUGCAGAUCGCGUUGGAUGAAAACUACCGCGAGCCGAGCAACUUGCAGAGCAAAAUCCAGAAGCAUGCAGCAUUCGAUGCGGAACUGCUGGCCAACUCGGGUCGCGUGACGGCAAUCAUCGAGGAGGGUGAAUCGCUUAUCAACGCCGAACACUACGCGAGCGAUCUGGUGCAGGAGCAGCUCGAUAUUCUGGAAAGCGAAUGGCAGAAGCUCCAGGAAGCGUCCCGUGAGAAGAAGGAACGGUUAGCCGAAGCAUACGAGGCGUUACUGUUCCAGCGCAGCCUGGAGGACUUCAACAACUGGAUGGACGAGGUCGAGUCGCAGCUGUCCUCCGAGGACUACGGGCGCGAUCUGGCGUCGGUGAACAACCUGCUGAAGAAGCACGACAUGCUCGAGGCGGAUGUGGCGCACCAUGCGGACACGUGCGAGCAGAUCAAGGUGACGGAUGCAAAGAUGCUCGCCUCGGACCAUUUCCUAAAGGACGAGCUGCACGAGAGUGCGAUGAUGACGGUCAAGCGGUAUCAUUCGCUGCACGAGCCGACCACGAUCCGCCGUGACAAUCUCGAAGACUCGCUGCUGCUGCAUCAGUUCUUGCGCGAUGCCGAGGAUGAGCUGCUGUGGCUGAACGAGAAGGAACCGCAGGCAGCCUCGAAGGACCUUGGCAGCAGCCUGACGGCGGUCCAGAGCCUGCAGAAGAAGCACCAAGCGCUGGAGGCGGAAAUCCUCAUCCAGGAGCCGAUCAUUUCGGCGCUGGUGCAACGCGGGCAGCAAAUGAUCCGCGACAACCACUACGCGGUGGAGCAGAUCGAGCGCCAGUGCGGGCAGCUGCAGGGUAAGCUGGUCAACUUGCGGAAUCUCACGAACGUGAGGCGCUUGCGGCUGCUGGACGCUGUCGAGAGCCAGCAGUUCUACGCCGAAGCAAACGAGGCCGAGUUUUGGUUGCGCGAGAAGAAACCGAUCAUUUCGUCGCAGGACUACGGCAAAGACGAGGACUCGGUGAGCUCACUGCAGAAGAAGCUGGACGCGUUGCAGCGCGAGCUUGUUGCGUUCCGGCCGACGGUGGAGAAGAUCGAGAAGCUUGCCAGCGGGCUGCAAGAGCGUGCCCACUUCGACAGCGAGAAGAUUCGCAUCAAGAACGACAAAAUUCAGUACCACUUCCAGGAGCUUAAUCGGUUGGCUGCCGAGCGCGAGAAGAAGCUGGCCGAGAUGAAGAAGUUGUACGAGUUUGUGCGCGAAGUCGACGAUCUGCAGGAGUGGAUCGAGGUGCAGAUGACAACGGCUGGCUCGGAGGAGUACGGUACGGAUGUGGAGCACGUCGAGCAGCUGACGGCGCAGUUCGAGUCGUUUGUCUCGAACCUUAACUCGAACGAAGCUCGAGUGCUUUCGUGCGUCACCAAGGGUGAGUCACUGCUCGCUGAGGGCAAUCCGAACCGCGAUACCAUCAAGGCGAAACGCGACGAAACGAGACAAAUGUGGGAUGAGCUGAAGGAUCUGGUGGUGGCUCGACAGGAAGCGCUUGCCGGAGCUCGCCAGGUGCACGUGUUUGAUCGUACGGCGGACGAGACGAUCGAAUGGAUCAACGAGAAGAUCGCGUCCGUCCUAUCGGAAGACUACGGGCACGAUCUGGAAACGAUUCAAUCGCUGGUGCGCACACACGAAGCGUUCGAGGCGGAACUGGGUGCCAUCAAGGAGCAGCUCGAGUCGGUCGUGGCCGAGGCGCAGAAACUGGGCGAUACCUACCCGGACGCGAAGGAGCACAUCGAGGUGAAGCGCGACGAAACGAUCGAGGUGUGGUCGGAGCUGAAGGACCGCACGGCUCAGCGGAAGGAGAAGCUGGCCCAGGCGGAACAGUUGCAGGCGUACUUCGAUGACUACCGUGACCUAAUGGCCUGGAUCAACGAGAUGCUGGCAAAGAUUACCGCACCCGACCUGGCGAAGGAUGUGGCCGGUGCAGAGGCCUUGAUCGGCAAGAUAAAGGAGCACCGAACGGAGGUGGAUGCGCGCAAGGAUGCGUUCGAGGUGUUCAACCGAACCGGCCGGAAGCUAAUCAAAGACGGCCACUUCCUGGCCGCCGAGGUGCAGGAGAAAAUUGCUGUGCUCGAGCAACGAAAACGCCUGCUCGAUCAGACGAUCGUGCAGCGAGCGGAAAUGUACGAGCUCAAUCUGGACACGCAGCGCUUCCUGAAGGAAGCGGAAGACAUGGAGGGCUGGAUUAUCAGCCGGCAGGUUCAGCUGAAGGAAUCGAAGCUGGGCGAGUCGAUCGCGCAGGUCGAGGAUCUGCUGCGCAAGCACGACGACUUCGAGAAGACGGUGGCCGCCCAGGAAGAUAAGGUGUUAGCCUUACGCCGCAUCACGCUGCUGGAACAGAAGUUCAAGCGCCAGCUGGAGGCAGAGCAGGCGGCCCGUAUCGCCGAAAAGGAACGCAUCGAGCGCGAACGGCACGAGGCACUGAAGCAAAAGGAAGUGCAGCGCAUUACCGAGGAGCGACGCCGAAGGGAUGCUCAUCACAAUCACACCCUGUCCCCGGGCAGUGGCAGCGCGAUCGAUCGUAACGAUGUAUCCGCCACGUCGACGGGUCUGAUGAACACCUCGCUGACGGCUGGCAAUGCUUCCGGCGUCGACCAGACCGCCAGUCCGGUGCAAAAGUCGAACUCAUUUGCCACGAUGCUACAGGAGCGGCUACGUCGCGGUUCGGAUAGUAACAUCAAGCGUGCGGAAAGCAUGAAAAUGGGCGUCAAGCCCGUGAAGCGCGCUCCGUCCUUCACGACCCGCCGUCGGGCACAGAGCUUCCGCAAGAAUCAGCGCGGUCCGGGUGGUGCCCCGGAGGCCGACGCAUCGCUACUGCCGCCCGUCGAAGUGCAGGGUACGUUAGAGCGCAAGCACGAGCUACAGUCGGGUGGCAAGAAGGCUCCGGUGCGCUCCUGGAAACCCUUCUACACCGUCCUUUGUGGGCAGCUACUUUGCUUCUUCAAGGACGCGGAAGACUUUGCCCUACAGAAGGCGGCCACGGCACCGGUGAACAUCCUGAACGCUCGAUGCGAGCGAGCGGAAAACUAUACGAAGAAAAAGAACGUAUUCCGGCUGGUGCUGCUCGAUGGUUCCGAGUUUCUGUUCAUGACCAACUCGAAGGAGUCACUGAGCGAGUGGGUGAACAAGAUCGCUUUCCACGCGGCCCUACCACCGAACCUGCAGCUCAUGAGCUACGAUGAAUCAGUCAAGCAAAACAACAGCGCACCGGACAUGAAGUCGAUCAGCUCAACGCAAUCGCCGACCCCGGACCGCAGCGAUGCCGCUUCCUCCAUCAGUUCGCGCACCUCGUCGCCGGACAGUCAGCGGCGGGAUUCGCGUACCUCGCUCAACAGUGCCAAGUCGGGCUCGGGCAGCAACGGCAGCUUCAACACACCGCAGACCAACUUCCUGCUGCGACAGAAGGAACUACGCGAGCAGGAGCUUCAGCAACAACGGAUGUCAUCUUCGCAGCAUAGUCUACCGUCACCCACUUCCCCUGGCCCGAUGCAGGAUAUGGUAUACGGCCUGGCCGAUAAACCACCGAUACCGCCCCGAGGCGUGCCACCGCCCGUCCCGCAGCGUCAGUCCAGUGCGGAUAAUAUGCUAAACAACAACAACGGAUCGGUUCAGAUGCGCUCGAAGGUUGGCGCCACCGGUAGCCCUAACGGAAGUGAUUACGACAACGGCAACGUUACCAGUGGAAACCGCCCGUACUCGCUACAACCAGGUGCCGUAACCGCCAAGGCGCCCGGACUUCCUCAGAAUGGCAAUGGGAAUGGCGAAGAAGUUUGGCUACGCCAAAGUGAACUACGUUCGUCAGGCUGGGGUCAAACGAGAUUCGACACUAACCGGCCGACCUCCCUACCACCACCAGGAGCACCCCCAACCCUACCGCCACCGGCAGGAGGCAACGGAAACAGCAGCCUCUCGCAGGAUUUUGGUCCGUUCGCCAGCGGUAGCGGCAGUGCCGGGCGACACCAUUCGGCCGAAAGCUCAAGCGAAAGCGAGGCCAGCUUCAUCAAGGGCGGUAGCAAGGACGGCAGUGCGAAGGACAAGAAAGGCGUCUUCAGGAUUUUCUCGAAGAAGAAGUCGAAAAAUUCGAGCUAAGCCGUGGGUCGCAAAAGGCGCAAAAAGCAUUGUUCGUUUAGGGCGUUUAUCCCUUUUCCUUUUCCCCUGAUAGAAGCGUACAUACUUCUAUGCAGAGGUUUUAUCAUUACUGUGUCUUUACAUAAUUCCCACGUUUUUUUUCCAAGAGCAUCAUGUUUGUUCGUCGUCGUAAUAUUGUAUAGUGUGUUAUAAUUUUUCAUUUGCCCUCUUCCUAUCACAGCAACACCGUUCAAUAAUGGUGGUUGAUAUGCUUUUUAUAAUUUUAUUCUGUUAUUUUUAAAACGAGUGCACCUACAUUACCUUUGUGCCGAAUGGGGGAAAGGCAUGGCGGCAGCUAUAAACGUGUUUUCUAUUGUUUAAGUGUAGAAUGCGUGUUCGUGCGCAACGCAGUGCAGCGAGAACGUUUUUCACCGACGAUCGCCGGUGCGAGAUCGUCGCCUAUAAUAGUGUAGUAAUGCUAACAUACGCGCAGCUAAGAUUGAUCAGUAGAUGAACAGAUUUAUUUAGAGCUUAUUUUUAAUCGUUAGAGUCGUACAAUGGGAUGUGUGGGCGAAAUGUUACACCUAAAGGCAUACUUUUGCAUGUACGUUUUAAAGCAUCGUUCGAAAGUAAAUGUAAUGUAAAGCAAUUGUUCGAAAGGAACUGUAAUGAUAAUAAAAAUCACACAGGUAAAGUCAAUUCCAUUUCCUACACCAUUCUCGUGCUGGAUUUAAAAGAAAGAAUAAAUCGGAUACA